AUGAGAAGGACGGAGGAGGAGAAGUCUUCUUCUUCUUCUUUUCUCUCUGAUUUUGCAAUUCAAUGGCUAUUGGAAAGCUUAACACCAGGAAUUUCCGAUGUAGAUGGCCACCCCUGCACAGGGGCACAACAGGAGCAGGAUCAUCAUGAACACCAUCAUACGUAUCGCCAUUACUUGAACAUUUUGGAAAAGCUACCAAUGCGUACCGUUCUCAAAUUUUGUACCUAUUUAUCAGCUUUUGAAUUGGAGAAAUUAUUAAACGAGUCUUCAACGAAUGAAAGAGGAGAUUCUUGUGAGUGUGCCAAAUCUCCUCCUCACCAAUUUAAAAUUAUUAUUCAUGAAUGCUUUGAGAGGCUUUUCCGAAAGAGAUUUGAAGAGGAUGAGCGUUCCAUGAUGGCUUUUAAAUUAAAAACAAAACAGGAUCAAUUAUUAAUGGCCGCUUCAAAUGUUGAGAAAGACUUUACACAUCACCAUGAUGGGACGGAUCCGAAUACAGAAACGGAUUUCAUUCAAUUGUAUUUUCAGAAUUAUUUACAUCAAUGUGUGAAUAGUGUAUUGGAGAACAAACAGAUCCAUGAGUUUGAAGGAUCUCGAGUGGCAGAAGUUUUGGAAUCCACCACAGAGGAUACAGAAGAAUUUUUAAUGCGCGAUGAAAAUGAUGAUUCGAAGCAUGCCCGAAGAAUGUCUUUCUUGCAAUUUCCAAUCCCCAACAAAGUGUCAGAUCCUUUUUUCACCCGUCGUCGUGAAUUUUACUGCAAAAACAACACAUUUCAGCAAGCCAGUCAUGAGUCACCCUCACUGUACGACCAUUUGCAUCGAUAUGGAAAAUAUGUUAGAGCAUUGUCGAUAUCAAAGAGCCUGUUGAAAUAUUUAAGAGAAUCAGAACAGUUACAGCAAUUUAUGGAAUGUUUUGAGAAAAUUGAGGAAUUAACUUUUCGUGACAUGCGAGAGGAAGACACUGAAUUCAUUUGUUCGAUUCUUCAAGCUUUUACUCCCCUGCAAAAAGUGUCGUUUUAUCAUUCUUUCUUUUCUGAAUCUUCUUUGAAUGUAAUUCUGAAUUUAAUAUUUUCAGAGAAUGGAUUCAGCAUCAUAGGGCAGAAAAUGUCAAUCUCUCAUUUGCAGCAAUGUUUUAGUGACAGCAUUGUUCAAAAAGUUGGCAAUGACUCUUACGAUGUUGUAAUGAAUAUUCAGGACACUAAUGACGACGAUUUGGACCUCUAUGGAGAUUUAUUUGAUGCUACCACUUUCGAGACCACAGAAAACUCAAAAAAGAGACCUCUUUCAUCAAUUAACAUGGAUUUCAACAAGAACACUUCCAACUUGGAGACUGAUAUAGAAUCUACCAACAAGAAACUCAAAACACUCAAAAAUGUACAUUUGAAACUGACACAUAUUACUUUUAGGAGCGUUUCUUUCUUUCAAAGCUCCUCAGAGUUACUAGGAAAAUUACUUUCCACUCACACCAGCCACUCUUUAGAUCACCAGGUGCAAGAAGAAAUGCUUACUCUCAAUUUUUCAUUCAAUGAACUCACUAGUAAGAUGGUAACAUCUCUUCUUGCUCCGAAUCCCUCCCAAUUUAUGAACCUAACUACACUCAUUCUAACUGAAAACAAUAUUGACAACGAUUUUUUAAUUUAUUUAUCAUUGCAAAAACCAUUACUGAAAACAUUGACAAAAUUAGACUUGAGCAACAACCAUAUCGUUGGAGUGAAAGGGAUCAAUGCAUUAUUUGAGUCAUUGCAGAACGAAAAGUCAUACCUUGAAUUUGUCAAUUUAUCACAUAACAGACUAGGAGGUACAAGCAUGUUCAAUGACGACUACCAUGAAAUUGGAAAUUGUGAAAUUGAAUCUCUCAACUCAUACUUGUCAUCCCUUGCAAACGCUUCCUUGAAAACUCUUCUUCUUAGCGAUUGUGAUUUAACAUCCUCCAUGCUACAAUCUCUUUUACUUGCCAUCACUCACAACAAAUCCGUUAUUACUCUUGACAUUUCUUACAAUGCCAUGAAAACCAAUGCUCUAGCGGUCAUGUUAUUUCAUAACACCACACUGAGACACUUGUCGGUAUCGUGUUGUGCUUUAGAAGAAAUCUCUCAGUCUCUCCUCAAAUCCUUGUUGCAAAAUGAAACAUUGACCUAUUUGGACUUGAGUGGAAAUCGAUUGAAAGAUGUUGGAGGAGUGACACUCGUGUCCUAUUUGAAACAAAAACUCGAGCAAUGCAUACAGAAGAAAACAUUUACGUUCAACACCUUGGAUUUAUCGACUAAUAGAUUUGGAGAACAAUUUUGUUACCAACUAACUUCAUUGUUUCAAAACUAUUCGCAUCAAGUCGACAAUUUUCACAUUGACACUUUGUUGUUGGAGAACAAUUUCUUUUCGCAAGAGGCAACUCAGAAAUUGAAAAAUGUGGCACUACAAAGCGGAAUGAUUUCAAGGAUUGCUCUCACUAAUGAAGACGGAAAGGCACAAGUGUAUGUGCAACCGUGUGAUGGAACUACGUUGACUUAA